GUACAGGCAGACAACAUGGGGAAAGGUUUCUUUAUAAGUAAAGCUCUUGGGGUAGUAGCUAUCAUCCUGGGUGCAGGCGCCCUGGCUACUAUCAUUGCUCUGUCUGUUGUUUACUCACAGGAAAAGGCAAAAAAUAAUAAUCAAGUCUCGCCAACGGAUGGAGGAACAACAUCCAAACCCCCCGCCACAACUUCUUCCCCGUCCAAUGAACCUUGGGACAAGUAUCGGCUGCCCAAGAGCCUGAUGCCAUCCCAAUAUAAUGUCAGCCUGUGGCCGCGACUGAGACCAAAUUCAGAAACUGGACUCUACAUCUUUACUGGCGAGUCCAGUGUGGAGUUUAAAUGUGCUGAGGAGACUGACCUGAUCCUUAUCCACGCCAAUAAACUGAACUUCACCAAACUUGAGAACCAAAUGGCGAGGCUCACCUCAGUCAAUAGUGGGGUCAAAGCCCCCUCAAUCAAGUCUUCCUUGCUCCAGAAUGUGACUCAGUACCUGGUCCUCCAGCUGGAUGGUAAACUGAUGAAGGACCACAUAUAUCAUCUCUACACUGAAUUUACUGGAGAGCUGGCUGAUGACCUGGGAGGCUUCUACAGGAGCGAAUACAUGGAGGAUGGAGAGAAAAAGGUUGUUGCUACCACUCAGAUGCAGCCGACAGAUGCCAGGAAGGCUUUCCCCUGUUUUGACGAGCCAGCAAUGAAAGCUAUUUUCCACAUCACGCUGAUCCACGACCAUGGAACUGUUGCCUUGUCCAAUGGCGAGCAAAAAGAAUCAAGCAACUUCACAAAAGAUGGUCAAAAUGUGCAGAAGACAGCUUUUGAGCCAACUGUGAAAAUGUCCACGUACCUGUUGGCAUUCAUUGUCAGUGAGUUUGGCUACAUCAAUGACACCAUUGAUGGCGUUUCGAUCCGCAUCUUCGCCAGAAAGCCUGCUAUUGCUGGUGGGCAAGGACUGUAUGCCCUUAACAAAACUGGACCAAUCCUUAAGUUCUUUGAGAACUAUUACAGUUACAAAUACCCUCUACCAAAGUCUGAUCAGAUAGCUCUACCAGACUUUAAUGCUGGAGCCAUGGAGAACUGGGGUCUGAUCACAUACAGAGAGACAGCACUGCUCUACGAUGAAGUGUACUCCUCCAACUCCAACAAGCAGAGGAUUGCUACCAUUAUCGCUCAUGAACUGGCUCACAUGUGGUUUGGUAAUCUGGUUACCCUGAGGUGGUGGAAUGACUUGUGGCUGAAUGAAGGGUUUGCAUCCUAUGUUGAGUACCUAGGAGCAAACAAGGCUGAACCCAAUUGGAAUGUGAAAGACCUCAUCGUGCUCAGUGACGUCCACAGGGUGUUUGCCGUCGAUGCCCUGGUUUCUUCUCACCCUCUGUCCUCUAAAGAAGAGGACAUCCAGAAACCAGCACAAAUCAGUGAGCUGUUUGAUGCUAUCUCAUACAGCAAGGGAGCGUCUGUUCUGAGGAUGUUGUCGGACUUCCUAACUGAAGAAGUCUUCACAAUCGGACUCAAGACCUACCUGACUGACUUUGCGUUUGGGAACGCAGGCUAUACAGACCUAUGGGAUCAUCUGCAGAUGGCUGUUGAUGCUAAUGGAACUGAACUUAAUGACACUGUCCAUAACAUCAUGAACACGUGGGUGCUGCAGAUGGGCUUUCCUGUGGUUACCAUAAAUACCAAGACUGGGAACGUAUCCCAGAAACACUUUCUCUUGGAUCCAGAAUCUAAAGUCACUGUUGAAUCUCCUUUCAAAUAUGAAUGGAUUAUUCCAAUAAAGUCGAUGAACAUUGGAGGCAUCCAGAAUCCAAUCGUAUGGCUGAAAGAUAAAUCAGCCACAUUUGAUGAAAUGAAGACAUCAGGGGCUGAUUGGGUACUGGCCAACCUUGACGUUGUGGGUUACUACAGAGUCAACUAUGACCAAGACAACUGGGACAGACUCCUAAAUGCACUGAAGACCAAUCAUCUGAGUAUUCCAGUGAUAAACAGAGCUCAGUUGGUGGAUGAUGCAUUCAACCUGGCCAGAGCAAAGAUCAUCCCUACAGUACUGGCCCUAAAAAUCACCAAGUACUUGAACAAGGAGAGAGACUAUAUGCCCUGGGAGUCAGCUCUGACCAACAUGGACUUCUUCUACCUCAUGUUUGACCGCAGCGAGGUUUAUGGUCCCAUGCAGAACUACCUGAGGAAACAGGUCAUCCCUCUCUUUGAAUACUAUGAGAAUAUGACUGACAACUGGAACAAAGUACCUGAUGGACACAUGGACCAGUACAAUCAGGUUAAUGCUAUCAGCCUGGCUUGCAGGACAGGCCUUGAGGAAUGCCAACAUCUGACCAAACUGUGGUUCAAUCAAUGGAUAACAACUAAUAAAAACCAGAUCCACCCCAACCUGCGUUCCACUGUAUACUGUAAUGCCAUUGCAACAGGGGGCUUUGAAGAAUGGGAGUUUGCUUGGUCAAAGUUUGUGAACGCCACCAUUGCUAUUGAAGCAGACAAACUGCGCUCUGCUCUGGCCUGCACCAAGCAACCCUGGCUGCUCAACAGGUACCUGGAGUACACUCUGGAUCCAAACAUGAUCCGAAAGCAGGAUGCCACCUCCACCAUUGUCUACAUUGCCAACAAUGUGGUUGGUCACUCUCUGGCGUGGGACUUUGUCAGGGCUCGAUGGGAAUUCAUUUUCAAGGGGUAUGGUGGUGGAUCAUUCUCUUUCUCAAACCUUAUCAAUGGAGUCACCAAGCGCUUUUCCACUGAAUUCGAGCUUCAACAGCUAAAGCAGUUUAAGACAGAUAACUCUGAGGUCGGUUUUGGCUCUGGGACCCUGGCAUUGGAUCAGUCCAUUGAGAGAACCAUCAGCAACAUUAAAUGGAUCACAGAGAACAAGCAGAAUGUGAUGGAUUGGUUCAAGACUGAAGCAAAACCUAACGAGGCCUUGUUGUUUUAGAACAAUUAAUUGUUCUUGGAUGAAGAGAUUUCACACAACAUAUUUACUCUAGCUCUGCUCUAGGUAGUUUGUAUGGUCCACAAUCCUUGAAAGUAGAACUACAAAUUACAAAUGAAAUGUUGAUACUUUAAUUUAGACAAAGGGCCAGAGAGCACUUUUAACUGCUAGUAUUAAAAUUGUAUCUACUUGUAUUCCUGAAAUAACAAUAUUACAAUUUUAUGAAAAAAGUGUAUGAAUUAUCAUUUUGUUCAAGCCUUCUCUUGUUUUGUAUUUUGACAUGUCAAAAAUUGUGUUUUCUUUUAAUAUCAGGAUAAUUAUAUAGUGAUAAUACAAAAACAGUUAUAGUUAUUAAAGAUAUUCAUUUAUUUUUUGUUCAGAAACUGCAAAAGCUUUAUUUUCUUUCUAGUUAUGACUGCUGUCUGCUAUGAGCAUCAUAAGCCAGC